GCUUAUAAUCCCCUUCCCUCCCUCCUAUUAAACACAAUGCUCUUCUUCAAUCAUUUUAGCUCACCUUCUGAUCAUUCUUAGAGGUUGAAAGAAAAACAAUGGGGAGCGAAAAGGUCACGAUGGUGCUGACUGCGGAUCUUAAGUGCAGCAAAUGCUUGAAGAAGAUAAAAAAAAUACUCUGCAAAAUCCCUGAAAUACAAGACCAGGAGUACGAUGAGAAGAAUGGGAAAGUGACAAUCAAAGUGGUAAGUUCCAAUCCUGAAAAGAUCAAGCAAAAGAUUCUGUGCAAAGACUGUGGCUGCAUUAAAAGCAUCGAGAUCAAAGUUCCUGAUAAACCAAAACCACCACCGACUCCUGCACCGUCUCUGAAGCAGUCAAUUGCGAUCGGAGUUUCUUGUGGGUAUCCUUGCUUUCCGGGCUGUGGUGGCCAAUGUGGAAAUCGCUGUGGUGGCCAAUGUGGAAAUCGCUGUGGCCAAUGCGGUGGUAAUUGUGGUGGCCAAUGUAGAAAUCGCUGUGGCCAAUGCGGUGGUAAUUGUGGUGGCCAAUGUGGAAAUCGCUGUGGCCAAUGCGGUGGUAAUUGUGGUGGCCAAUGUAGAAAUCGCUGUGGCCAAUGCGGUGGUAAUUGUGGUGGCCAAUGUGGAAAUCGCUGUGGCCAAUGCGGUGGUAAUUGUGGAAGGCGCUGUGGUGGCCAAUGCGGUGGUAAUUGUGGAAGGCGCUGUGGUGACCAAUGCGAUGGAAGCUGCGGUAGAAGUCGCUGUGGUGGCAAGUGCGAAGGAAGUUGUUGUGGAAGGCGCGGUCCGAACCAAUGUAAUCCUCCUUCUUGGUGUGAAGAAAAUCCAAAAGGAGGAUGCGCUACCAUGUAGAUCAAAGCCGCUGGGAAAAUAAUGGAAAAUAUUACAAUAAAAAGGAAUAUGGUUGUUUGUUGAUUGAGGGGGCACACGAGUUGUUAAAAGGUUCCAUGAUCAAAUCGUUGCCCAUCUGUGUUUGUGCUGUGUGUGUACGUGUACCUGCUUUUUAUUGUAUUUUGUUUAAUUAGUAUAUAUAUGUUCAUCACAGAGGGAGAAAACAGUUCAUUACAUUUUUUUUCCUUUUUUUUUGUGGAAUUCAAAAAGAAAAAAAAAAUGUAAUGAAUUUUUUAGUCCGUUUAUGAUGAACUUGGUUUCACUUUGUGAUGAAUUUGGUUUUUGUUAUUGUUAUGAAAUGUCUUUUGAUAAUAUGUUUAAUUAUGUGCCAUUUCGAUGAUGCGGAUAUUUCCUUCAUUUUCUAAAUA